AUGACUUGGGUGAUAUGGAAUGUGAGGGGGAUAAAUAAGAGAUAUAAACAAAAAGAAUUAAAGAUAUAUGUACAGAAUAAGCAAAUAAAGUUAGCUGGUUUUUUGGAAACUAGAGUCAAGGAGAACAGAGACAAUAGGGUAUUCAAAAACAUCUUACCAGGUUGGGCAAUUCAGAACAAUUAUCAGAAUGCAAUAAAUGGGAGGAUUUGGCUGACAUGGGAUCAUAAGGUAUAUUGUAUUGAUGUUGAAAAGAUAGAUGCACAAUUAAUUCAUUGCACAGUAAGGGGGAGAAUGGCUGGAUUUGAAGCUUGCCUUACACUAGUGUAUGGAUACAACACAGUUGAGCAGAGGAAAUCUUUAUGGAGUAAUCUGAAUGAUAUUUCAAAACAAGUGACAAAGCCUUGGCUAAUAGGUGAAUAUUUUAAUGCUAUGUUGUACACUCAAGACAGAAUGUAUGGCAAGCCAGUAGCAAUAAGUGAAAUGGUAGAUUUUUCAGACUGUAUUCAUAACCUGUUUCUGAAUGAAGUGGCAUGGAAAGGAGAGUACUAUACCUGGUCCAAUAAACAACAAGGUGAUGACAGGAUACUAAGUAGAAUUGAUAGGGUGUUUGGUAAUGACUUGUGGAUUUCUAACUGGGGGUAUGUAUGUACUGAAUAUGAUGUGCCAUUGAUAUAUGAUCACUCUCCUAUGCUGUUGAACAUCAAGUCUAUUAGAUCCACUAUCAAACCACCCUUUAGAUUCUUUAACGUAUGGACAGAUCAUAAGGAGUUUGGAAAUAUAGUGAAAUCCAUAUGGAACAGAAGAUUAGCAGAGGAUGAAAUGGAGAAUGCAUGGAAGAAGCUCAAAGCUCUGAAGCCUUUAUUCAAGAGACUAAAUCUGAUGAAUAUAAGGGAAUAA